AUGUCCUCCACCAGAGACAACGCGAAACGCAUCGCUGCCAGCGGGGAUGUGAUCCGCAAUCCCACAGCCUACCAGAAUGCCAUUGAAGCUUCGGUCCGCCAGAACACGGAUGAUCCCAAGUACUUGUACCAUUACACAACUCCCCAGGCUGCAGAAAGCAUUGCAAAGAAUGGAAAGAUCCAAGCCAGUUCCACCGGUUUGGCUGGUUCGGGGACCUACCUCACCGCAAAGCCUCCGCGCUGCCCUGUCACUCCGAUACUCUUUUGGAAAACAAUUACGCUUCCGUGGCCCGUGGAUCAUCCAUCCUACGUGGACAAUUAUGUUCGUGUAGAUGCCGACGACCUCUAUGCUCGUCAUGUUGGCGGAGACCGAGAUGUUUGGAAAGUGGAUGGAGAUGUAGACUUUUACUCUCACAAUGGAUUUGUUGCGGAGCGCAAUCAGCACCAGUGUGAUACCGCAGGACAUUCAAACCACCCAGUGGGUGGAUGGUACAACGAAUACUACGAUGAGCGUAAUCAGCACCAAUACAGCGCCCAUAACGAAGCUGAAGGAUACCCGAACCACUACGAAGGUGGAGGGUACAGCGAAUACUAUGAGGAAGAACAAGAUGACGACUAUUGGUAG